UGAAAAUGUUCUCACAUACUUAUCGGCGAAAAUACAUCUUCACCCACUGGGUCCGUACGCCUCAGGCAUCCACCGACCUUAUAUCCAUGCAUCUUCCACCCAUGCAUUCAUCUAUCCACCCAAUAAUAUAAACUGGCCAUCCUUACUCUCUUUACCUUUUAGAUCUCCAGAAAUGUCCUCAGUCAUCCGUCCAACUUUAUCUGCUACAAGGAACUCUUUAUCAAAGUCGUCUCUUCGUCCCGGCGACCUUCUUCAAGGCGCCCAUUGGGACUACCGCGUCAUCGACGCUGUCAAAGGAGAUAACACGCACACAUCCACCGUCUUCAAGGCCAAGGUCAUUCCACACAAGGAUGGCGCAAAUACCCCCCUAUGGGCUAUAAUCAAAGCAGCUCCACCUGGCAAUGCAACUGCCAGGGAGAACCUGGACUGUGAACGUUCUACUUAUCACCUUCCUGGUGUCGCCUCGGCCGUGUGCUUCCGGAAAAUGUACGAUGCCAUGAUUGACGACGGCAGUGAUGGCAGUGUAACGUAUAUCGCUUUGGAAUGGCUGGACACCACUCUUGCAGAGGUGAAAUACCAGCCUGACAUUCUCACCUACGCCCUCAUCAAGACGGUCCUAGAGGCAACGUUAACCAGUUGCGUCGUUCUGGAGGACCAAAAAUGUGUGAAUACAGACUAUAAACCUGCCAAUAUCCUGCUUUCUGACGUCGCGAAUGGCCGUGUCACUGCCAAAGUGGGAGACUUGGGACUCGUAUUUCCGGCUGGUCAUCGUCUCAACGCGCAGCCAUACGCCAUGCGCGCUCCUGAAGUUUUCCUAGGCCAGCCGUGCACUGCGCCAUCGCAGGUCUGGGCAGUUGCCGCGAUGCUGCUUUGCUGGAUCAAUCCUGGUGUCUUGGGCGCGUGGGACAGCCCUCAUCCUCUCAUCAAUGAGGCUUGGUGUAUGGCAAAGAUCAAGCGGCUCUUCCCCGAGUGGAAUAUUCCAACUCCUAACGAAGUCGAGAGAAUUACCCUUAAAAAUGCCGUCCAAUCUGCCAGACGUAUCACUGAAGAGGAGCCAGUCAUGCAAGCGAUAUUGCCAUUCGAGAAGGAGCCGCAAAAGGUGAAGAUACCGGAGCAGCUGAGGGAACUUCUUCGUCUCAUGUUGGUGGUCAAUCCGAGCGAAAGGCCCUCCGCAUCAUAUGUGCUGGCAUCGAGGGAGUUCAAGAAUUUGAUGCUAUGGAAUACUCCCCAACCGCAGCAAUAAGGAGAUCAAGCGGAAAGGGAAACACGCAAGGAAGAAAUCAUUUUAUCCACCUGGGCCGGCAGUUGCGGGAAAACGAUUGGUAUGAGUAUAGAAAGCCAAUCAUUAGAGUUAGCAUAUGGUCCCAGAUGCUGCUUUAUGUCUUCUCCUCCGUGAGACUAUGCGAGUACCUUGAGGGGAUUUCUC